AUCAUUUGGUGUAAUAUACUUGCUGUGCCCACGAUACAUGAAAGAGGCAGCCUAAAAGCAGGACGCAAAUAUGAUGCAUACUGUGUUGUGCGCCCUUUCUCCUCGCGACCAGAGACUUCGUAUAUGUCGAGAAUUUGUAGUUUCAGGAACGAUUUUCUUGUUUUGGACGGUCUUCUCCUGGUUGGCGAGUCACCGCCGAGUCCGGCAAAUUACCUGCAGCCAUCGCGCCAAAUGGGGAAGCUCACUUGGGCUCCUGAACCGAGAACCAAUUUACAUUUCGAAUAGCGGGGUAUUAGUUAUGGGAGGAUGUUCAUGUUGGUGAUUUGGAAUAUUGAUCUGGACGCAGUUGCUAGGAGUUUCAUUGGUAGAUAUGAUCAUGCUGAAGGACGAAUACGUCCUUUCUAGCCACC